UUUUUAUUUUCAUAAAUCGUUGCCAUUAUUAAGCAUUACAGGGUAGCUGAGUACACCUUUAAAUUUGGCCAUCUGUGUGCGUUCACUUAUCUUAAAACAAGUUUAUCAUCGUAGCCGAAAAAACCCCGACAUUAGAGCUGCAGUUAAUUAUGACAAAGGGAAGAGUAAAUAUCGCAUUUUUGCUUAUUUUCCAUUGCAUCUUAAUACCACUGACAACAUGCAACGAAGCACAACAAUACGCAACAACAUCAACAACAAUGACAAAUUUAAGCUCAUUCACCGCAAAUAUUGACAAUGAAAGCAUAAAGGCAUUGAGACCGACUGUGUUAGGCACUGAGCUACGAUUCGGCCGUAAUCUCAACCCGGACAAGGUACGAGUGGUAACAGUAAAAUCCGAUGAUGGCUCGGACGUUGAAAUCUUGGUGGGCCGAGAUAGUAGAAAAGGGCGAGCACAACCAAGCGAAGCAAGCUUUUUCGUACGUAAAACGGACGUAGCAAGGCAUCCAGAGAAAAGGACCGCGGAUAUGAAACCGAAUGCAAGUACUUUACAAUUUCAACAUUCACCCGUUUUACUAAAGCAAUUGGAAUUAGCGCGACAAGCCAAAGAAUACAAUCAACGUAAAGCUGACGCGGAUGAGAGAUUAAAAAAGUUGCAACAAUUAAAAUUAAUUAAAGCUGAAAGUUUUCAAGAGCAACAAAAGCAACUUUCAGAACCGAAGAAAUCAAGAGCAGCUCGUAGAAUUCAUUUUGAAAGUGCGGCCAAUCAAUUUCCGCCGCAACGUUUCUCCGAAGAGCUAUAUUUCACGUCACCAACAGAAACUCGGCCGAUUCAACGACGACAGCCUACUUAUAUUCCUUUAGAUAGGAAUAACAAUGACUGGCGAUUUCCCGGAAGUGAACUGAGUAAUGGAAGAGAAUUACGUAGCUGGCGCUGGAAACCUAUCGAAAAUGUGAAUUUUCAAUCGCAAUAUCGACAACAACAAGACGCGCAACAAUUCUAUCCAUCAAUAAAGAGCUUUAAGCAAGGUUUUCCCACUGAUCCGCAAAAGAAGCUGCGAAUAAGUGACCAACAUAACGCUCGGCAUACACGUUACAUUGAUUCGGCAACUAGUAACAGUUUCAUCGAAGAUUUAACAAAUAAUAAAUAUCUGCGACAAAAUCUUAUCACCAAAGAUAAUUUCAUACCAACACAUUAUAAAUCACUUCGUCUACCCGAACCGAUUGUAAUUACGUCAUCGACUGUAGUAAAAAGUGAUGCAACGGAUAACAUUGGAAAACCUAUAAGCCCUCUUAAUGAAUAUUCAAAUUCAAAUUCUUUUACGCCUAUGACGUCAGCAAAAACUUCGAAUGUUAUGCCGAAGACGUCCCCUAGCGAAUCCAAAGUUGCGGAUGGCUCUGCAGUGCCCGUUAUUGAGGGUAUACGGGUACCUGAUACACCCGAAGAUGAAUUGAAGACUUGGCGUAACGCACGCGUGCUUAAUAAUCAAUUGGUACCAUAUCCAGCGGGCUAUACGCCAGCAAAAGUCGAAAUGCAAACAUUCGACAGAUAAUUUAAGAAAAAAAAAAACAAAAAACAA